AUGAGAACUGUUAUUCAACGGGUAAAGUCUGCCUCUGUUACGGUAGAUGGUCAGCUCAUCUCUACCAUCGGCAAAGGCUUGCUCGUGCUAGCUGCCAUUGGCAAGGAUGACACCCAGAAAGAGGUCGAGUCCAUGGCCAACAAGAUUCUAAAAGCAAAACUGUGGGACAAUGAAGAUGGCGGUAAAUGGAAAUGCGGAGUCAAGGAUAUUGAGGGUGAAGUUCUUUGUGUAUCACAAUUCACACUUCUUGCGUCAGUCAAGAAAGGCAACAAGCCAGAUUUCCACAAGUCUGCCAACGGAGAAAAAGCAAAGGAGCUUUACGACCAGUUCUUCAAGAAAGUACAAGCUCUAUAUCAAGCAGACAGAGUGAAAGAUGGCGUCUUCCAAGCCAUGAUGGAUGUAGCUCUAGUCAACGAUGGACCGGUAGGUGUAGACUAUACGUGCGAAGACGGCGCGGUAAAUACCUCGUUUGCUACCAACGUACUCGAUGCUGAUGUGCUUUCUGCUGCAGGUCACGAUCCAGAUAGACACGGAUCCGCCAAAGAUGGACAAUCCUACAAGUUUCGACCUCCCUGGUGA